AUGGCCGUAAUGUAUGGCACAGAGGUUGCAAAGCAUAGCACCGAGAAGGAUUGUUGGGUGGUAAUAAAUGGGAAGAUAUGGGAUGUGUCAGACUUCCUCGUCGAACACCCGGGAGGUGCGGGUGUCAUUGCCAAAUAUGCCGGCCGAGAUGCUACAAAGGCUUACAGCGAGGCCCACGGUGCCGAAUUAGUUAAAUCUAUGCUGCCAGCAUCAAACUAUAUGGGUGAGGUUUUCCCAGGAAGUAUAGAAAAGUUAAGGCACGACGCAACAGCUACGACCACGAACAAGCCAGCCAAAUCAGCACGCCCUCUGCUGCACUCUGUGAUCAAUAUCGAUGAUUUUGAGGUCGUUGCCAAGGGCUAUCUCUCACCGACAAGCUGGGCUUAUUACGCUGGAGGGGCUGAGGAUGAAGUGAGCCUUAUGGAUACACGUCGCCUGUUUCGAAUCAUCACAUUCCGCCCCCGUGUUCUUCGUCCUGUCGAACCGGUCUCCCCAGCUGUCAAGGUAUUGGGCUAUCCUUCAUCGCUUCCCCUGUACAUUAGCCCCACGGGUCUUGGCCGUUAUGCAUACCCCAACGCUGAAUCGGUGCUUGCCCAUGCUGCUGGUAAAGAGGGGGUUAUAUAUUGUAUGCCCACAACAUCUGCACACGAAUCUGUGUUCGCGGCUCGGUCAAUGGCCAACCAGCCUUUGUUUUUCCAGCUAUACACCACCCGAGAUCGGGCUAAAGCCCAGGCCAUGAUCAAGAAACUCGAGCUUCUCGGAGCCAAAGCGCUAUUUGUGACGGUAGACUCACCCGUUAUUGGCAGGCGCGAGGCAGACGAACGAAUCAAAGUUGCCGAUGGCGUUGAGGUAUCAUCGGGGGGCGUGGCCAAGGCAGGCUCGAUGGGCCUGCUCAACCCUAUGCUCGGUUGGGAAGAUUUGAAAUGGAUACGGGCGGCGACGUCGAUGCCUGUAGUACUUAAAGGAGUCCAGACUGUUGAGGAUGCCGCGCUUGCGUACGACCUUGGGGUGCAAGGAAUUGUAUUGUCUAACCAUGGAGGACGAUCGCUCGAUGGGGCGCAAGCCCCAAUAUUAACACUGCUGGAGAUUCGAAGGUAUGCACCGCAUCUUCUCUUGCCAAGUAUUCGUGAUAAGUUUCAAGUGUUCGUGGAUGGAGGGUUUAGGCGGGGGACUGAUAUACUCAAGGCACUGGCGCUUGGUGCCUCGGCUGUCGGUAUCGGGCGUCCCUUUCUGUAUUCUAUGACGGCCGAGUAUGGAGAGGCCGGUGUCAGGCGACUGUUGCAAUUAUUCCGGGUUGAGAUUGAGACAAGCAUGGCAUUAGCCGGGGCCACUACUGUUGAACAACUAGUGCCCGAGAUGGUUAAUAGCGAGCGAGCUGAGAGCGAGGUGUCUCGGCGCAUCAAGCUAUAAUUAGGUAACAAAACUGAGACACCCUUUUUCGCGUCGUAUGGAGGUACACUUGAUAUUUAUCUUGUUGGUCACGCACCUACUGUGUGAAGAAUCAUUGCCAAUGAAGAUUAUACGACUGACGAGU